AUGGAAUCAGCUUUGGUAACUGCUAUGACUCGCAUCAUGGGUGAGAAGGUGGCAAUUCUCAUCCGACGCAACAAGAACGUCAAGGAAAUAACUGAUAUUGAAGAGAAGAUGGAGAAGCUCAAGGAGUUAUUGCUGAUUGUUAACAUGGUGAUCCAAGAUGUCGAGUCCCGCCCUUUCACUUAUGAUGUGAAGAUCUUGUCAAGGAAGCUCAGGUACUUGGUCUACGAUCUCGAGGAUGUUGUGGAUUGCUAUGAUACUGAAGUCUUGCGCAAGCAGAGAUCAAGAGCUUCUUUUAGGUCGGUGCAUGAUUUCUUCUCUUCUAAUAACCAAAUUUUGUUUAAGAGUAGGUUAGGCAGCAUGAUAAAAGCUGUAACAGAGUCUGGAUUCAAUUUUACUGCAAAAGUCGAAGCUUUUGAAUUUGUCACAAGUAUUAGCUCAGACAUUAUGGGGAGGGAAACAGAGAAGCAGAGAAUUGUCGACUUGUUAACUGAUGAUGAUGAUGAUGUCGAAAACAACCAAGAUACCAUGAAGGUCAUCACCAUCGUUGGGAUGGGUGGCCUGGGGAAGACUAGACUUGCUCAGCUUGUUUUCAAUGAUGAGAAGGUGAAAGCUCAUUUUGCAAGCUGGAGAAUGUGGACAGUUAUUGGGAUGGAAUUUGAUCCCACAAAGAUAAUGAAGUCUAUUUUAGAACAGGCUACUAAUGCACUGUCCACCGUCUCAGAAACAAAUUCAGUGAGGCAGAAGCUCGAACAUACAUUAUCAGGGAAACGAUUUCUGCUCGUGUUGGAUGAUGUAUGGAAUGAAGAUGCAUCACGAUGGGGUGAACUGAGAACAGCCUUAACAUGUGGGGCAAGAGGAAGUAAAAUUUUAGUGACAAGUCGUAGCCUACAUGUCUCUUCGAUAAUGAACUCAUUCAUUACCCACCAAAUACAACAGUUGCCCCCAGAUGAUUGUCUGCCCUUGUUUCAACAAUUUGCUUUUGGAGAUGAAGAAAAGGAUCAAAAGUUGAUGGACAUUGGCAGAAAGAUUGUUGAGAAAUGUGGUGGUGUGCCUUUGGCUAUCAUAUCCCUUGGCAGCAUGCUUCACAACAUUCAAGAUGAAACUCAUUGGUCCUCGGUAUUGAACAGUAAAAUAUGGCAGCUCAGAGAUGAGGAACAAAAAGUGUUAGCUGCGCUAAAAUGGAGCUACGACACUCUCCCUCCACAGUCAAAGAAGUGCUUUGCAUUUGCCUCCCUAUUCCCAAAGGGCUAUACGAUCGAAAAGGAUGAAUUGGUAAGAUUGUGGAUGGCAAAUGGUUUUGUACAAUCAGAAGGAAAUGUCGAUGCUAAAACAAUGGGCAACCGUGUCUUUGAUGAUCUGGUACUGAGGUCAUUCUUUCUCUUGACACCUUCCAAGGAGCAUGAUUUUGGAGAUGAUAGUCAUGUAACCAAGUGCAUGAUGCAUGAUUUGAUGCAUGACCUGGCACGAUCAGUGUCUGGAGAUGUAUAUUGGAAUGUUAAAGAAGACUUGGUGACAGAUAUUGGAAACAGAACAUAUCAUUUGCUCUUAUAUGUUAAAAAUUUAUCAAACGCUUACCAGGCCUUACUAAGAAAGCCAUUAACUGAAAUUCUUGAGGGUGUUAGAUUUAAGCAGUAA